AUGGCAGCUGAAAACGACGGAUGGGCUAACGGAAAGCAGCCGGAGUGCGGUGAGUUUCCACCUGUUGUGUCAGUCAGUGGCACCGGAUAUUCUUAAAGUUUGGGAGCUUUUCGACUAGUGACCUUCCACCCCCUUUCCCUCAAACAGUUGUUUUGCGGUGGAGCGCACUUGCACUUUGGUUCUCGUUUCUGAAGAGAAAGUGCGUUGGCACUUUGUCAAGGGGGUUACCUCUCAUUAUCGUUCUUUCCGCUCUCCAAUUACCAUCCAUCCGCCUCAACCCCUAAGUAGUAUGAAACUCGCGGCUCCCCGUUUCUUUUAACCCUAACCACUUUGUUUUCCGGUCUCUUGCCUUUUGCCAUUUUCCUCCAUUUCCCCCCAACAUCAUCUCUCGGCCAUAUCGUCAUGGCAACGCGCCGUUCAUCCGAAGCCAGAGCGAGAGAAAGAUUCUAACGAAAUUGCGGAGAGCCCCACAAACUCGGGGAAUUGCCUAACGGCGACGACGUCGUCAUGGGGGACCGGAGGGAGACAAAUUGUAUUCAAGCCGCAUAAUAUCUAUCACACACACACACACUAUAAUUCUGAGAACAGGUGAAUUAAUGGUGGCGCCAGAGCGCCCAGCUUUUACGUUUUGUCUUAAGAGCUCGAGCUCGAGGCUGUAAGCGCCCACUCGCGCAAAUGACCAAUCAUCGACUUACUUAGCCGCGAGAACCCCUCCAGAGAAUUGUGAACUGAGAAUUGAGAAUUGCGAAAUAUAGUUGAAAGUUUGUCGCCCACAAAAUGUUUACUGACAAUCUGUGAUCAUGUUCGUGUUGCCCCCGGUUCAAACAGUCCCUCGGUUUCCUCGGCAUUUCUGCCCAUCCUUCCGCCACCGCCAUUCUAUGUCCUUCUUUCCCGUCUGACACCGUCCCACUAGCGCACACUCUCUCGUCGGCCCCGUCGUUGUUCCGUAGAUGGUCUCUCGCUCGCGCUGAGCACGCACUUUUCUGCCGUCUUCUCUGACGUCUUCUUCCUCUUUUUCCCCAUCUGCUACGUCUUCCUCGCCCCCCAUCUCUGUCAAUCAUUCGCGCACCGACCCAUUCAUUCCAUUUUUUGUGCGGCGCUGCCCUAAGACGUCGGCAGCAGCUCUCGUUCACUUCCAUUUAUCAUACUCACUCCAAACGCAUUCUGUCCUGGGGGAAAAGCAGCGCCCAGACGUUCCAUAAAAAGAUUGUCCUUGCCAACUUUCACCGCAGAAAUUUCAGAGUGCUGCUCCAACGACAACGUCGCAAUGAGGGCCGAACAACAACAAUCGAUUGCGCCCGGCUCGGCCUCUUUCCCCCAGCAGGUGAGCACAGAUCAGCAGAGCAAAGCUUCUCUCUCAGCCAACUCCCCUUCAAAAGUAUCGAGUUUCUCUAGUCACGCACAAAAUUGCGAUUCAGAUGCCGCGGCCGCCGCCGAGCACCGAAGAAGGAUCUAUCAGCGAGGCGGCUCUGCUCGCCAAGCCGUUUGUCACUCCGAGCGAUGUGCUCCAGUUGCCCGGAAUUACGCAAAGUACGUUUUCGAUUUAUAUUAGCACCUCAGGAUUCUAGCAAUGCCGCAAUCGCAUGUCGCUGCAAUAUUUGUGUGUUACUUAUUGUUUCUUUGUAUAGACUUCCUGUGCUCGCCAUCUGCUAACAUCUACAACAUUGAGUUCACUCGCUUCCAAAUCCGUGACCUCGACACUCAAAAUACGCUGUUCGAGAUUCAAAAACCGGAUGAUGAGCCCGAAGAUCGGCUACAGUCUGCGAGAUACGUUCGCUAUCGCUUCGGGCCCGCGUUCCUAAAGCUCAAGACCGUCGGCGCGACCGUCGAGUUCAAAGUCGGCCAACUUCCGAUUCGCCAUUUCCGAAUGAUCGAACGCCACUUCUUCAAGGACCGUCUCCUCAAGUGCUUCGACUUUGAGUUCGGCUUCUGUAUUCCGAAUUCGCGCAACAACUGCGAACAUAUCUACGAGUUCCCGCAACUCUCGCAGCAACUUAGUAAGUACCAUUAUCACUUGUACUUGGAAAAAAAAAUGAAUAUUUCAGUGGAUGAGAUGAUCGCGAAUCCGUAUGAAACACGCUCCGACAGCUUCUACUUUGUCGACGGAAAGCUCGUCAUGCACAACAAGGCCGAUUACGCCUACGACUCCUAA